UGGAAAUAGAAAAAUGAUCAUCCGGUAUAGGAGUUCUGUUAAUACAAGUUACCAUGGUGAUCAUAAAAGACACAUUAAAUUAAACGAUUGACGUGGUUAGGUUCGUACAUUUAUUGGCCGUAAAACGAUUAAUAACAAAAUUAAUGGCGCGUUACGGGUAAAAAUCUUACCAGAAGUUCCCGCUUUUUUUGCGGUCUGCGAUUUUUCUUUCUAAAUUCUUGUGGAACACUGGCGGGACAAAAAAAAAACUCAGUAAAAUGGCUCAGAAAAGGAAAACCGUGAAAUCCAAGGAAGAACAGCUUUACAUGCUCGAGAUAUUGAUCGAUAAAGUGACUUUAAAUCCUCAAGUACCGGAUAUCAAUGUUGAAAAUUUAAUCGUUCACGUAAGAUUCAUAGAUCUGCCGGAAUGUGAGUUAAGCGUCCCACAAAUUAAUGAUAAUCAGGAUAAUAAUAAUAACGAGAAAUCAAUCGUAAGCUCUAAAUACGGAAAAUCGUGUUUAUUUUCCAAAACGCCUAGCUGCCUUAUCAGGGCUUUAAGAUGGUCACCGUUAUACAUGGAUGUCUAUCACAAAGAUGUCAAUUGCCCGCAAAAGAGUGAUUUUUUGGGAACGUCGAAAAUAUCUUUGCCCGCCUGUAUGUGUAAACAAAUUGUAGAUAAUCAAAAAAAAUUCAACGAUUCAUCGAAACCAUGCGUGGUAAAGGAUACCUUUAGUAUGAUCGAUUAUAACGGGAAAGAAUCUGGUAGUAUAACCGUAAUUCUAAAAUUAUCUUGCUUCGGAAGCUCCAUCGUCGAACAAUUUUCUCUCGCUGGAAAAUCCUUUAUGCUAGAGGAUUCGCCAUUACGAAAGUUUCUGUGUCCGUAUAUUUAUCCAGAAAGUAUAAAGGAUGAAGAGGACGAAGAGAAAGACGAAGAUCCGCAUAAACCGAUACUGAAACGACCGGACUCGCCUCUACGCAUUCCGAUCGAGGAUCCCGCGUUUAAGACCCUAACCAUGGCCGAAAAGCUCAACGACCCCAAGUAUCGAGAAUUAAUAUACAAAGCUUAUCCGGACGAGCCGACGUGCUGUUGCCAGCCCAAAGAUUGUUCGAACCAUCCUAUGAUAUGCCCUUCGGGUUGCACUUAUCCUUGCUGUAUAAAAUUGAGAAAUCCCGAUAUAUUGUUCAACGAAGAGAGAAAACGCGAAGAUCCAUUGAUCGAUACUUACUGCGUGAACAACAGUCUGUCCGCUUUGUACAAAUUAAAGCAGCUAGAAUCUUCCUACAACAUGAAAAUUCCCGAUAUAGAAUCUACCAAGGAAAAUCGAUAUAAUACGUAUUGCGUGAACGCUUUACACUUCCCGAUCGAACAAAAUCACACGUGUUGCAAUCCGACCAGGUUGAAAGGUGGUGGAGACGUAGAGCAGAUAUACCUCGAUCCGACCAGCCUUAGAUGGAACAAUUACGAGAAUGAUUACAGUUUGUACGGCGAAAAAAAUAAUGAAAUUCGACUGGAAGGGGGUGGCGGUGAGGAUAAAGAUAUGAGCAGUUGCAGCUGUUCCGGUUCGCCGGUUUCGGUACCGCUGCGAAAAACAUUGUCGAAGGAUAACGACGUGGUGGCCAUCUUCGACGCUUGCGUGCCUCGUCCAACGACGACCGGGGCGACACCUACUUGCAUUUGCCCUGGAAAGGAUACCAAGUGGCCUAGAGGAGCCGCCAAAUGUAUGAAAUCACCGUGCAUGGGGAUAGAUUGUUUGAUCAGGGCGUUCAAGGAUGCUCAAGAUUUCGUGGAUUCCAUUGGAAAAGUGCCAGGAUUGCCAGGACUCGGUUUAAUGGAUCCAUCCGAGAGCCCGUAUUUCGGCAGGGACAUCGACAAAGAUUAUAUGCCCGUACAGGAACGGCCGGCACCAAAGAAGAAGGGUGUACAAGCAAUACCGACAACACCGACAGCUCCUACUUGUACAGCACCGUGUAGCAUUCCAGUCAAACCCCCCGAAGAUAUUCGUGCUCAGCUCGCCUCUUACACGCCUACGGCUCCCCGUCCAGUCACUGUGCCGCCACGGUUGGGAAUCGUCCGCGAGGCAAUACCUGUUUUACCGGAGGGAGGUUUAACAGUCGCACCUACGUUCAAACAUAGGAAGAAGGAGGAUAAGAAAGAGGAGAAAUCAGAGAAACAGAAGGAGAUCGAAGCCACGUCGUCUGCUGUGAUGGAAGCGGAGGUGGGUCCUUGCGGUGAACCGAGAUGCAAAUCGAGGAGAAAAAAGCCUUCGGAUAAUAGUAGCGUGAUCUUGAGUAGCACUCUUCUCUCCACCAAGAUACGGACGGACAAAAGGCGUACCUCUGUCUCGAAAUCUAAACAUAAAACAAAGAAAGAGGUUAAAUACGCCUCUUUGAAGCGUUUCGGGAGAUCAAAGUACGACAAUACGCCCGAUGUUCAAAAAGAUAUGUCACUUAUAGUUGGUCGUCAACAAAUGGGUGGUAAAACGAUGGGUCGCGAUAAAAGAGGAAAAGUCUUAGGGCCCGGUGGGGAUCGCACUGUUCCCCCGAUUCCGAUUAGCAGACGAGUAACGCGUUACGUUUAUUUCGUUGGCGACUUUUAUCCUGGUAUCAAUUUUGGCCACAGAGAUUGUAUCGAUAUACCUAUGAGAGUUCCCGCUAACAUGGGUUGGUUGUGGAACACGAUGGCCACGGCGGGAAAAUUAAAACCGCGAAUCGGUUGGAGACCGGGCGCUAUUGGUCGUUAUUUGUACGAAAUGUUGCAAGAUGCAAAAGAGCUUACUAUGGAAGAACUGGAGUAUGAGAAAGGAAAACCGGAGAUUGAGGAAAAAGAGCGUGCGAAACCUAAAGGGAAAAUUGAUCGUGGAAGGAUUGAUCGUGGAAAGAUCGAUCGUGGAAAGAUCGAUCGUAAAGGAGUAAAAAUAAUGGAACGGGCAAGAUCUUUACCUUCGCGGCAGAAGAGCCCUAUGAGACGACCCAGAACGGGAAGAACUAUAAGUUAUCAAUCAAUGCAGAAACAAACGAAGAUGGAAGGAGAAGAAGAAGGACCAGAAGCUCCACCGACAUUGCAUAUCCAUAGGAAAGAUGGCACUUAUUACGUAACCAUGUAUCCUAUUAAACAAGAAACGACUACUGAGCCAACUUUGUCUACACCAAUGAAACCGCUUCAAUUUAAGAUCGUAAAGAACAAAGACGACGAUACAGAUGCGACUAGUUCGACGGCAUCCGAUAUGGAGAUUGAAUUCUCUCCUCCCGCCGCGGUUACCAGGUAUCGCAAAAAACCUGAUGUCGUUCAUGUUGAUACUCAAGUUCGUCAACAGGAAAUUAUAGACGCGUUUAAAGCGGAAGAAUUUAAGAAAAAGAGCAGAAGAGGUGUGAGAAGGGAAAAAAAAUUAAAGAAAGAAUCUAAGACUUUUGUUAAAAAAUAG